AUGCUACGACGAGCACCUGAAUUACCUCGAGCUGUUAAUGAUCGAUUGAAUCGAUUAGCUACAUCGGUUUUCACAUCCAUCGAUGCAAAUGAUCCUAAACGAACGAAUAAUUUACAUUCGAAACAAUCUCGUAUAGAAAUUGAUUAUUCAUCUAGUUUACCAUUACAAAUGUUAUUGUAUUUCAAUGUUUGUUUCUUUCCAUGUUGGUUAUUCUCAUUAACCUUUGUUUUACCUGUCCUAGCAGUAACUUCAUCGAAUCAACAUGUCAUUUUGAUGGUUUUUGCUUUUGUUUUCAAAGCAAUUAUUGAAUUUGUUCGGUUAUAUCUUGGUUACGCAGGCAACUUAGCAGAACGUAUGCCUGAGUUGACGGCAUUCUGUUUAUUGACGAUUAUUUUUCAACUUCCAUUAAGUGUAUUUUUGCUUAUUUAUCAAUUACUCGCAAAAAUGCAAGUUCAACUGGCACUUGUGUUUGCAGUGGAAAUUAUCUAUAUAACAUUUCUUGUGCUUCAAAUGAUAUUCGGCAUUUUGGCUGUUCGUAUUAUGGUCACAGCACAGUCAAGUCGCUUUCACUAUCAACAAUUUGAAGAAGCUCUACCAACGAAUGAGAAUGUCUCACCGUCGGGAUAA